AUGGUCGAUUGGACUUCGAAUUGGGCGGGGAUAGCGGUUGCAGGGGCGGUGAUUUGCGCUGUGUCGAUGGGUGUGAAGUUCGUUAAUGGCUUGCAAGUGAGUGUCGUGGACAAUGGGAUCGAGGAGGACUCGCAUGUUGUAAAUCACUGGCCUGGUGUCAGAUGUGCAGUGGCGCCAACGUCCAGACUGGGGAUCCUUAAUCCUUUGAAUUCUGGCCUGACAUGGCUCUGGAUGAAGCGGUCUUUUGACUUUUAUGAACAAUUCGGCACCGACACGAUCUCAAUGGUUCCGUUCAUUGCCGGUAAACCUCAAUUUUAUACAGCAAAUGUUGACGUCGCGCGUCAGGUUGUUGGAGGUGGUGCUCAAGCUGCAUGGAUCAAACCUCCAAGUCCACUUCUCGAUGAAUGGGGCACAAAUUUGUUCACUGCUGAACGAGACGUUUGGCUGAGGCAUCGGAAGAUCAUCGGUCCAGCAUUCAACAAUGACAUGUAUUCCCUUGUCUGGGAGCAAACUGUAGGAAUUUACCACGAUAUAGUCAAGCACGAGGGUUGGCUGGAUCGGAUGAUUGUUCAAAUUCCUAUUGUUCAAAACUUUACAUCCAAGCUGGCUUUCCUUAUCAUUGCUGUCUGUGGCUUUGGAAUGAAAGCUUCGUGGUCCGACGAAACGAACACGCAUAGAGGAGAUAUGUCUAUCUCUGAAGCUCUACGAAUCUUCACUAUGCCUUCUGUCUUCAGAUUCUUCCCAGCGUUUGCAUCGAAAUGGCCAAUCAAAGCGUUGCGCGAAAUAUCGACAGCGCGUCACUUGUUGGACAGCUAUAUGAGAGAUCAAGUGGACGAACGUCGCGAGCUGGUCAAAACACAGAUAACCAUGAACGAAGAGAGUGGUCGUGACAUAUUCAGCUUAUUGGUCCGUGCAAAUGAACUCAAUGCGCGGUCAGCUCAGGACUGGAAGAUGAUGCUUACUGAUAAUGAAUUAAUCUCAAACGUCUUCCUCUUGCUCUUCGCAGGACAUGAGACUACCGCCCAUACUUUGGCAGCGACGUUCGCUCUUCUGGCGGUGCACCAGGAUGUGCAAGAUGACAUUCACCGACAAAUUAUUGACGUGGUCGGUCCGGAUAGAGAUCCGACAGCCGACGAAUAUCACAAGCUGAACAAGGUAUUGAAUGCAUUCUAUGAAGCAGGGCGCAUGUUCCCAGCUUCGUUCUUGAUGGUCCGUGAAGCUGCGGAAGACACUAGCCUUGUCAUUCCCAACUCCCCAGGAGGGGGGGAAACUACAAUCGUAGUGCCACAGGGUACAGGGAUGAUAAUCGAUACCUUAGGCAUGGAGAACAACCCGCGUUAUUACCCCGAGCCGACGAAAUUCAUGCCGUCUCGUUGGGAGGGCGAAGACAAGGCGGACCUCGUGACCGGAUUCAGCUUCGGCCAGCGCAAUUGCAUUGGGCGAAGAUUCUCCCAAACAGAGGCUGUGGCAUUCCUCACCAUGUGGCUGCGCGACUGGAAGGUUGAACCUCUGCUCAAUCCGGGUGAGACGAUCAAUGGGUGGCGCGCAAGGGUGUUGGAGGCCCAGUUCUUCUUCACUCUUGGCGUCAAAGACGUGCCUAUACUGCUCAAACGUAGAGUGACUGGGUCCUCUGCGUGA